CUCCGUACAAGUUUGUUUUAAAAUGGCGGCAGAAGCAUCGACACAGGUAUGAAAUCUUAACGAUUCCGGAGAAACUUGAGAAAUGCGCUUGCUUCUAUGAUUCACAAAAGAGCGGAGAAGCACUUCCUGUCCUGCUGUGAUGCCGGGAAGGCUAAACCAACAUGUCUCUCUCAUUUUAAAAAGUGUUGGUUCCAUUUGAGGAAGCGCUCGUGAAAUUAGUGAGUUGGCGUCAGCGGCAAGUGCACUUGGCGAGCAAGUGCGGUUCAACGCGGCGUUUGUGUGUUCACUGGCCGCAUUCCGACUGAAUUCCGGGGAAUUUAUUCGACAACAAAUGAGCUGACUUCAGUGCUGUUCGUUUGGGCGAAGCUCCGCUGAGGAGGCUGGGAGUUGAUGGUGGUGCAGCACUAGUCACAGCAUCAUCAUGGACCACUCCGGCCAGCGCCUACCUGUCACCCACCUGUAGCUUUAACCGGCAGCAUGGCCAACACAGCCCACGACACACAGGACCUCAGGGAGAACCACUGUGUUAUGCCUGGAGGAACCAUAGUGGAGAAUGGCUCUGUGGUCAAAGACACGACGGCCUCUCACCUAAAUGAUCACAUCAGCAAUCACUGCCAUGAGGCCAGAGUGGCCACACACAGCAACGCCGUCCUGCCCAUCUACAAGCCAUCCUGCUCGCCCGCUACUGUCUGUUAUAGCAGCCCACAGAAAAGUUACCCAGACCUGGAGCCAGACAACCACAGCCUGACUUCCCAGGACUCGGGUAUCCCCACUCUGGAGAUCAAUCCUCCGGAGCCCUUCCUUCACAGUCACCAACGGCAAAGCGACGGAGGCCUUAUGCUGGAAUCGAGUCACGACACCCCCGCCACAUUACCUCUGGACAAUGAUCCCUCUGAUGGCACCACUGUACGAAAAUCCUCCACCUUUCCCCGCAGUGGCUAUGACAACAUCCGCCUCUUUAGCCCCACGCUCAGAUUAUCCUCCACCAUGGGAGCUGGUGUUGGGGGCGGAGCAUUAAACCGUAGUGAUGACAUCUCUGUGUGCAGCGUGUCAAGCAUGAGCACAGAACUGUCGGUCUCCAAUGAAGACAUCCUGGAUUUCACAGUUACGUCCGACUCCAGUGCGAUUGUCACUUUGGAGACAGCCGACAGCAGCACCAACCACUUUUCAGAAGUGGUGUUGUCGUCUUCAGCGGGAACCUCCAGAGACUUAUGGGCGGCAGAAGUCAUGCAGAAAGAAGAGGAUGGGAGGCAGAGAAAAUUGGGACCACUAGCAAGUUUAUUUGCAAGGAGCCUGUUUGCCAGGAGAGUGAAGGAAAAUCAGCCUGUGGAGCAGAAGGAUCCUGGGUGGAAGCUGUUUGGGAAAGUCCCACUUCGGGAAAGCCCCCUCAAAGACCCUAAGAAAAUACAAAAGGAAUAUGAAACAAAGAGUGGCAGAGCUGGAUCUGGCAACCCAACAUCUCCGAGGCAGAGUGUGAGGAAAAACCUGGAUUUUGAGCCUCUCUCCACCACUGCGCUGAUACUAGAAGACAGACCUGCUAACCUGCCUGCCAAGCCAGCUGAGGAGGCACAGAAACACAGGCAGCAGUAUGAAGAGAUGGUGGCCCAGGUUAAGAAGAGGGAGUUAAAAGAAGCUCAGAGGAGGAAGAAGCAGCUGGAGGAUCGAUGCAAGCUUGAAGAGAGCAUUGGCACAGCAGCUCAGACCUGGAACCAAGAGAUCCUGCCUAAUUGGAGUACAGUGUGUACAUCUCGACGAGUGAGGGACCUCUGGUGGCAGGGCAUCCCCCCCAGUGUCAGAGGGAAAGUGUGGAGCCUGGCUGUGGGCAACGAUCUCAACAUAACACACGAGUUGUAUAACAUCUGUCUGUCCCGGGCCAAGGAGAAGUGGAAGAGCACAGCGGCACUCUUCACCGAGACUGAAAGUGAAGAUGUUGGUUCCUCAGACAGAGAGUCAAGUCUGGAGCUCAUCAAGCUGGACAUCUCAAGAACUUUCCCACAACUGUGCAUCUUCCAGAAGGGUGGGCCCUAUCACGACGUGCUGCACAGCAUUCUGGGAGCAUACACUUGUUACAGGCCUGAUGUUGGCUAUGUGCAGGGAAUGUCCUUCAUCGCCGCUGUGCUCAUCCUGAACCUGGACACAGCCGAUGCCUUCAUAGCUUUUGCCAACCUGCUCAACAAGCCCUGUCAGAUGGCCUUUUUCAGGGUUGACCACAGCCUUAUGUUGACGUACUUUGCAGCAUUUGAAGUGUUCUUUGAAGAAAAUCUACCAAAGCUAUUUGCACAUUUCAAGAAAAACAACUUGACACCUGAUAUUUAUUUAAUUGACUGGAUCUUCACUCUGUAUAGCAAGUCGCUGCCGUUGGACCUGGCGUGUCGAGUGUGGGAUGUGUUCUGCAGAGAUGGUGAAGAGUUCCUGUUCCGCACGGCUCUGGGAUUGCUUCGCCUCUACCAGGAUGUCCUGACCAGCAUGGACUUCAUCCACAUGGCUCAGUUCCUCACCCGCCUGCCUGACCUCAUCCCUGCUGACCAGCUCUUCCAGCACAUUGCUGCUAUUCACAUGACCAGCCGCAACAGGAAGUGGGCACAGGUCUUGCAGGCGCUGACAGAGAGAAGAGAUCGGGAGCGAGGUUGCCCGGUGCUGAAGCGUUGAGCUGAGAUCAGAACAUAACUAGCUCAAGCUAAAGUACUCAAUCAGACCCCCUCCAGCCUUUGGAAAAGCCUACACUCUUGCCCAAGCUGAUGGACCUGAGAGAGAGCUUCUGUCAGGUUGGGGACACGUCCAGUUGAGGCUGCAGUGAUCAAGCUCUUCUCCAGAGGCAUGCCACUCCUCCGACUGGAACCAGAACACUGGAGGGGGUCUCAGUGACUGAGCAGGGGUGUGAAAAAGGAAUAUGAGGCCUUAUUUAACUUCCAGCACCCCUCCUCUGCUCAGAGGCCCAGCAGCAAACUGGAAACUUGUAGCUGGGAAAGGCUGAAGAAUGUAACACACACUCCCACAUAUAUGAACCUACCCGACUGACUCAGCUCCCCACAGACUGAAGGAAACCACAGAGAUAUCAGAUACUACAUCAACUCCUUCACUGCUGUCAGCUCUCAGAUCCUUUGUUUGAUUUGGCAAAUGAAGCUUAAAUGUGUCUACAGCAAUGUUCAUCUCUGUAGUCAAAUCUGUAAACGACAUAAAUAUGUGAGGGGGUUCCUAGCUGUCUCUGUGCGUCUCCUUCUGCGUAGCGGCACCUUUUUUCCACUCACUUUAAUUUUUCUCACAUUCCUUUGUGUCCUCCAUGUUUUUAUUUCCUUUUGAUCUGAGUUUGCUUUUCAUUAGCUUGUAAUCAGGGCCAAAUUGUCACCUUAGCUGUUCCAUGAAGACAACUCGUCUGAACAGGGGGAGUUUUGUAGGUUACAAUCCAUGAAGGUAUGACACAAAUGCACAUAAGAAAACAUGUGGUGCGUUUGAGAGCACCGCGUUACAGUUAAUGAAAUGUUUUCGUUCAUUAAAGAGGUCAGAAGCUGCCUGUGUCAGCGAGACUGGAAUAAAUAAGGAGGUAAAGUGUUAGAUGUGGAUUUCCCCUGUAUUUAAUAUAUUUGUGGUACAUUAAUUUGCAUUAAUUAAUUAAUUAGCUUGUUUUUGUUAUGAUUCCAGACGUCUUGGUGUGAGUGUGAAGUCUUUUGUUCAUUUAUUUAGUAUAUUUAAGAAAAGGAUGGAUUUGGUCCAGACAAAUGAAGGGUUGUCAUUGAGCUUCUGCACAUUUGGAGCACUUUUAAUCUCUUUUUAAACACAUUCUAGAUAGCAGGCUGUAACUUGAGGGGCAUUGCACGCAUUUGGCUGCAUAAUUUGCGUGAAUAUAGCAAUCACUUCACUGAUAACGACAAAGUUCAAAUACUCUGAACGGUUCAGAACUUUCCACUGUAGUUAUUUGACUUUGCAUCCAUCCUGGUACACUGUCCCCACCGGCAGUUUCCCUGAUGUUUUUUUUAGUUAUUCCUGGCAGCAGAGCGCUUCAGAGUCUUGACCCUGAGUUCUCAGGCUUAGUGAGGUACUAGUCCAGUUUAUUAAAAACAAACUAUAGAGCUAGAAGGCUGUUUCUACUUGUCCACAAACAUCUGUGAUAGGAUCUCUUUAAAGCUAAAUAACUGAUGAUUGUGUUUGUUUUGGCAGAAGACACCUGUGUAUUCAGUGUGCUCUGAGCGGUACAAGAUCAGAGCAGAAUAUAGUGCAGCUUCCAUUUUGACAGUCUCAUGCUUAGCCAACCAUCCAAACCACAGAAAUUUGGGUCAGUUUGAAGCUGAAUUAAUCUUUGCUCUAUGCACAGGUUUGAGGUCUGUGCACAGCGUGUGGUCAAAGCAGGAUUUCCAGGGAGCAAUCCAAAAGUACUAACCACACUGGCCAAUGAAAUUAACUUUGAAGCAUUAAGAUGUGGAGACUCUGAGGAGUGUGCAGUCAGCUGUUGAUGGUUUUUACUUUCGAGGCUCACUAUGCAGGAGUUUUGUUGUUGCUGUUUGCAUCGUGGGUCUGUCGUCCUUGGCUUAAAAGUAUUUUUUUCAAUUGCCAUCUGUGAAAUUUAACCAAAACUUUCACUUUUUUUUAAUCAAGUGGCUGGGCUUUUUCCCCGGCUGUCGUUGUACAUUCGUAGUGACGUGCCUGUUGGACUCGCUGCACCAUCUCGAGGUACAAAUUUGGCUUUUCGUCAAAGAGCAGGACAACCCAGGUUUGGUUCCAGGUAAUUUAUGACAAAUUAAGGAUGAAUGGUUUGGGCAUAAAGUUUAAAUAGCUACACCGCAACAUACGGUGCAAAAAAAAAAAAUGUACACAAUCAGCUCUCUGGAAAAUGUCCUCACCGUUCCUGGAAGAUCCCUCAGACCUCCACAUGCAGAUAACAAAGAGUCUAUUUAAUGAUCAGAGAGAUUAUUUCAAGUUUAAAAUCCUGCAUAGAUAGCCUUUAAUUAAUUGCAUUAGCUGUGUUGCAGCUGUAGUUAUUGACUGUUGGUCAGAUUACUAGCCUGCAGCAUCACUGUAACCAUCUUACCCGUCAUGUUGUGGUGCCCCUCACAGUUUGAAAUCCUCCGCUCUGGAGCAAAGUGCAGUAUAACAGAGAUUUCUUACUUUGGUUUAAAGAUUUGCUGCUUUCUUGUUUUGUGGGGGCUUUAAACUGCUUGUUUUAUAGAGUUUUUAUUAGGGUAGCAGAUCUGAUUAUUUGAUAAUAGAAGCAAUAUUCAGUUAGAGCCCUACACAAAGUUGGAAGAAGGAAUCUGAUUGUUGGAUAUUGAGCGUUACACAGCCUGCAAAUCUCUACUUUUAGUUUUUGAUCAUGAGAUGGCACAGAUUGUGUUGUCUUUUGUGUCACAGUUGCAUAGUGGAGAGAGAUCUGGCCUAUAUCUGCUAACUGCUGCGUGUGUCAGGGUAUUGUGGCUGCUUAAAGUUGAGGUUGUCACUGAGUGUUGAGGCCUUGUCACUGCAUUCACAUUGUGGUUAUUGUGUCACUCCAUCCUCACCAGUAGUGGGCGGAGCCAGCGCUACGUUGAUUGGAUACACUGUGCAAAGUCAACACGCUGCAUUUCUUGAUAAUCUGAUCUGUUUUGUGACAGUGAUGACUUUACAAGACAAUUGUGCACAAGCCUCAUCAGAGGAAUAAAAGGCAGAUGUAUGAGGAAAUGUCUCGUCGUUCCUUGUGAAACUGCUUCACGUGCUGUUGUUCUGCUGAAUUUGCGUGUGAUGGAGUUCCAGUCUGUCUUUCCUGUAAUAUUAGUGAACUCUCAAUCUCUUAACCCUCAGCUGAGGCUGUGCUUUCUUAAAUCUCUGGACAUUAGCUGAAGUAGAACGUUCAGUCUGGGCUUUAAAAACAGGAAGACUCCUUUCAUUUUGUGAUUCAUCAUCGUCUCAGCCACAUGGCCGCUAAAAGGGCGCCUGCUGUGUUUUUGACUCAGCACCGUGCAAUACUAUGUCUGAUCAUUCUUCUAAAUGCACCCCCUCCCCCACUGUGGUGAAACACUGCAGGACUGCAGUUAAAGCUUUUUGCAAGCCAUACGUGCAAGCCUUUGAGUUGUGCCUCUGAUCGUCUCGUGGUUUAAAACGGGUUGUUGAUUUUUGUGUUAUUCCUCCACCUUUUUAGGUAGCUGUUUGCAAACUGUAGUGUGUGUCUGUAUGUGUACGUCUUGUUUGUGUGGUUAAGUGGUAUCUUCACAAUUAGACCUGUUAGUUACCAGUUAAUUGUUACAUUUAAAGCUGGCCUGGGUAUCAGCUCUACCUGUCAACACUACCUUUUGAUCCUUUGUGGUCAAAAAGAACAUUCAAACUAAAUUGGGUUGAAAGAUAUUUUAGACGAUGUACCAUUGCUUGAUAAUCAUGUUGAUUUGCUGGGUGUUCUCAGUUGUUUUGCAUUGUCUGACUUGUAUUCCUUUUUUUCCAAGAGACCUGUGUACUGUAGAGGACUGAUAGAUAUACAUGGAGACAGCAGAAGGUCACCGCGCAACUGUUUCUCACUUGAAAUGUAUAUAAAUGAUGGUUUUAUUAUAAUAAAAAGAUGUACAUAUUCAA